AUGCCUAUAUUAUUCAUAGUAAAAAGUACUGCAAGUGAGAAUCAUAAACUAUCAUUUGACCGUUUGAAAAAUUCAUGUUAUUUACGACGUUCGGAAGAUGAUCAAGAGUUUUCCGAUAUUGAUAAUGAUAUAGCAGAAAAUAAUUGUGACUUAUUUGAUAGCGAUUCGGACGAAGAGAAUAUUUUGAAUAUACGAAGAGAACAAAAAAGAAAGAGAUUCAUAGUUAGUUCCGAAAGCGAAAAUGAAGAAAAUAUUGAAACUGCUAUAGAACUGUUUGGGAAAAAAUAUAAUUGCGAAAGAACACCGAUUUAUAAUAUUUUAGGAUCGACAGGAUACGCUAAAAAAAAUAUCAUAAAGGGCGGAGUUGAGUCAGCAUUUUUCUUGAUUAUUGAUCAUAACAUGAUUGAACGUGUAAGAAAAUAUACUGUUCGAGUUUUGAAAACGAAAUGGAAAGUAUCAACUGCGAAAUUAUAUGCAUUUAUUGGACUUCUAUAUGCACGCGGCGCAUAUGAGGCUAAAAAUAUGGAUGUAUCAUAUUUAUAGAACACGAAUCUGUCAUUUUUCUCGAAAACUACGAGCCGAAAUGACUUUGCAGAAAUCAUGAGAUUUAUUAGGUUUGACAACAAGAAUAAACGAAGCCAACGCUUACAAAACGAUAAGUUCGCUUUGAUCUCUGAAGUUUGA